UCAAUUUUCUACCUUGUGCAAGGUGGACUAUGUAACCAACAACUUGGCGGAGUGUUUUAAUAAUUGGAUUAAGCACUACAAAUCAUUAAACUUAGAUGAUUUCAUGGACAAGGCAAGACAACUUAUUAUGAUAAUGUGGAACCGAAGAAGAAAAGUAGCAAAGAAGUUAGAUGCUUUGGUUCUGCCUCACCUCAUGAAAAGGCUAAAUGCAAUGACCAGAGAAUUAAACUUGGAGGUGGUAGAAAGCUCAGAAAUAUUGGCUGAAGUGACUGCAUUGGGAGGUAGUGGUUUUAGGUUUGUUGUCAACUUGGCCUUCCUUGCAAACAUGCUCUUGCCUUCAUCACAUCACUAAGUGAUGCACACAUAAAGAACUAUGUCGACUCGUAUUACUCCGUUGACACAUUUAGAGCAGCUUAUGCCCAACUAAUCCCUGCUAUGCCCGACAAGAGUCAGUGGCCUAAAUCUGACCAUGGAUUCUUCAUGCAUCCACCAUUACUAAAGGCUACAGCUGGUAGGCCUAAAACUGAGAGGUACAAAGGUUGCGGCGACAAGAAAAGUAAAAGAGGCAAACAUUUGUGCCCUAUUUGCAAGGAUUAUGGGCAUCGUUGGCACAACUGUAAGAAGGGCAACCCGGAUGACAUUGUUGCAAUGAUGGCUGUUAGAGAACCACCAAAGAGGAAGAAAACGACCAUCAAAACAGCUGAAUCAUCCAUUGUGCCGUGCGACGAUGGAGCACCAACAAGGAUGUGUUUUCCACCAAGUAGCCUUAGCUUGGAAACUACAACAAAGAAAAAGGGAAAAGAAGCAAAAUCUAGUGCUUCUGCAUCAAAAAGGAAAAGCUUGGAGGGCACAAGUAGCAACAAGGGGAGAAAGGCUAAAUAUGAAUCUGGAGGAUCGAAGAGAUCAGAAACAUGCUCAAAUCAACUUAUGCCGCUUUCCAUCGAGCAAAAUAAGAAAGAGCAUGUUACAAAAAUUCUGGUGCCAUUUGACAGCCCAGCAAUGGGUACAAGAAGCAAAAGAAUUAACAGUGUUAGCCCUGCAAUGAGCACAAGAAGCAAAAGAAGGCUAAGCUUGUGAUUCUGAAAUGUGGAGCCGUUUGUAUGGAACUUAAUGUGUGCACUUGUACUGUGCCAUCUUUUGUGAACUUGGCAUCAUUUAUGUGACCAUGUGACAUCUUUUGUGAACUUGGCAUCAUGUAUGUGACCAUGCGUGUGAUGCAUGUGUCCCCUGGUGGUGAC